GAACAUCCGUGAAAGGCAAAUGUCUUAUAUAGAUGACUUUCUAAAGAAGUAUUUCUUCAAUCUACCUGGUAUAAUAAUUAACCAAAUAUGUGAGCAAAUACCGGAAAUAUACAUUACAAAUUUUUUUCUGUUAAUAGAGGACUCCACGGCAAAAGACUUGAUACUAGAGGAAUACAAUAAGAAGCCGUUUAGGUUGGAAGUAUCACAUCAUGAAAGGGUAUCAGCUCUUGCUGGAUAUUAUAAGCUGAGGUAUAGGACAUUAGUAGGAUCAGAAGAGAUGGUGAAGUUCUUCAAUUCACAUCCAAAUAUCAAUUCCGCUUCAUUCCAUAUCUCUUGUGAAUUCAUAGCAUUGCUAAUGCCUCUAAUUGAGAAAUACCCCAAAAGAUUCAAUAAUAAUAUUACAAAAGUAUCCUUAUCUAUGAAGGUGUUCCAUCCUCGUUAUCUUCCCUAUUUAAUCGAGUGGCUUCCGAAUUUACGUGAGUUUGAAGCGAAUCAUCCCUCAGCUUUAGAAGAAGAUGAAGAUAAGCCAGCUCAGUUUGAAGCGGAUUUUAAUUGGAAAAAUCUUACCAAAUUAAAUAUUCGACAUGAUCAUGUUGAAGAUUGGUCAGAAGUAAAAUUUCCGCCUUCCUUAAUAGACCUUGAUAUUAGCAACUGUUUUUACAUAAAUUUUUCCACCUUGAAGAUUCCUGAGUCUGUUGAAAAAUUUUCUUAUUGCUUUUUAGUGAAAUGUAUGAAGAAGCGGUCGGAAUAUCAAGUGGGUUUGAAUGGGUUAAAACUACCUAAAAACUUAAAAGUUCUAGAUAUAAGAGAAAACGAACUUACCGAUAUCAAUUUUAAACAGCUUCCCGCAAAUCUAGAAGAGAUUUAUUUAUUUGGAAAUCAACUUGAAACGUGUUUGCAAUCGGAAAACAUUCAAUGGCCUUGUAAUCUACGAUUGAUUGAUAUACGCGACAAUCAACUACAUGACGAGGCAUUGUCAAACCUAAGUGAAAGUGGAUGGCCUAAGAAUUUAAAGAGCUUACUCCUCGGUGGAAACUGGUUCGAAUCAUUUUCAAGUUUAUAUAAUUUACCAGAUGAUUUGGAGGAUUUAGAAAUGAACCUUGGAAGAAACCUCUUAACCACUAGUUUUUCUAUUGGAGGAUAUCCUUAUUUUAGGUUCCCAACAUACCUAAAAACCUUGGAUAUUCAUAAAUGUACUCCAGGAGGAUUUGGCCUGAUGGAGGAUUCAACUGUUCGAAUAGAAUUUCCAAAAACUUUAACAAACCUUAAGAUGGAGGGUUGUGAAAUUGAAGAUUUAAGUCAGUUUAUAUUUCCACCGUCUUUAGAGAGCUUAAGCUUGAAAAACAAUUGCAUUUCAGAUAUAAGUCUAUAUAACUGUGGCAAUGAGAUAAACUGGAAUAACUUAAAUAAUUUAAAAGAACUAGACUUAUCUAGCAAUCAGCUUUCCAAUCUUAGUUCCUUAAAUAUACCACUGAAAUUAAAGAAAUUAAAUCUUUCGUUUAAUCUCAUCAAUGAAUUAAAUGGAGAUGUGCCUAUAUUUAAUGAUGAAUCGAACAAAGUCUUACACUUGAAUUAUUUAAAUCUAAAUAAUAAUCGAAUUUCUUUUGUUGAUUCCAGUGCCACAUCACCUCCAAGAUUGUUGAGAUUAAUGCUUCAAAUAAACGCCAUUAACCAUUUGUCAUUCAACUCAAAGUUUUUAGGAUCAAACUUAGUUCUUAUAGAUUUAAGAUAUAACCAACCGCUGUUUCAAGAGUUGAAACGGUCAAAUCACAUCAACCCGAUUCUUGAAAGAUACAAAAACAUUAGGAUAAAGUUUGAUCCUAGAGAAGUGAAUUUCGAAAUCGCAAAGCCAAAUGGCGGACUAAUAACGGUUUAUGACAUGAUGCUAAUAUUACGAAAUGAUCCUGAUACAAACUUAAAUUAUAGUAUAUAGAUUACGAUAUUCGAAAAUGC